GUUACUACAUUAUAGUAAGGAUAUAAAUAAAUUUAAUAGACUGCAUAAAAUAUUGUAAGUAUAUACGUGACAUAUAAAAACCACACUUAGUAACGAAAGUCCGAAAGGGGCAGGAAUAAAUGAUUACGUAAAAAGCAAACGCUAGUAAUAUGUAAGAGUAAAAUGACUAAAGCUCAGUUAAUUAAAAUAAGAUUACUAAUCUAGAUGACAGUCGUAAUUAUGUAACUAAUUGGAGAAAAGAGUUGAACAACAGUUUUGUGAUGUAAUGAAGGAAUAUGUGUCACUAAGGCAAAGAAAGAUAAACAACCAUCUUCCUUUGAAGAUAUACAUCAGGUUUCUCACACCUGACAAAAACGACUUCAGCAAACGUCAGAAGUAUGGAGUUGGUUGUUUAUAAACCACCUUGAAAAAUUGCAAGGUAUCGACCUUGUAUCCGAAAAAUGUUUAGUAAUUGAGCUGUUUAAAGUAGUUCUUUCUCUUGUUCUAAAGCUUUUUGGAACAUGUUCAUUGUGGAGUGCAAGCUGAUGAAUACGUCUGAACCAAAACAUAAAAUCGAAGUCUACUUUAAAUAAUUUGUUCAUAGAUGGUCACUUUUAUAUGAGCUAUCACUGUUUUGUAUUCACUUGCUUACUAGAUUAAGCCUGUUAUCUACCGUGGAACAUAAGCCAUCGAUCAGGAUUCUACAACAAACUAUUUCUUAGGUAGUCAUUUGCAGUUGUUUUCAAAGGUUGUGUAUUCUUUUGAUAUAUGCUUCAAUCCCUUGAGCAAUAAAUUCUAUUGUCUACAACGUUUCUUUAAGUUUUCAGCAUAUUUGGUAAUUCAGUAUUAUGGUUUCUGAAGGGUAUGUCUAACCCGCCUUUGGCGUCUUUUCCUAAUUUCUUCUUCAGCAGGAAGCCGAUUUGUUCUAUGUCACAGUAGGUUGUUGCUAAUUGUAUUCAUUAAGUGUCAUACGUAAUUAUAAAUACCUGUACAUUUUUGAUAAUGCUUAAGUUGAUCUCUAAGUUUCAGCUCUGUACAGUAGAACUGUCUUAAUGUUUGUAUUGAAAAUUUUGACUUUGAUCUUGGCUGACAGUUGUUUUGACUUCUACAUUUUUUUCGAUUAUAGAAAUUUGGGACGGCUUUGCCAAUCCUUACCUUUACAUAUGCGACAGAGCCUCCUUGUUUAUCAAUGAUGCUGUCCUGAUAUGUGAAAGUUCUCACAUCUUCCAGAGCUUCUCCAUAAAGAGUGAUUACGUUGGUGUUCUUUGUAUUGUAUUUCGAAAGCUUGUUUUUCCCCAGGGUAUAUCAAGACCUAUUGCUGCAGAGACUACUGCUACACAACUGUCUUUACCUACAUUUUUUGCUGUGUAUGGGAUGGAAAGACUACAUCAUCUGAGUAGUCCAAAGUCUCUAGUUACAUAAAAGCUAACCAUUAUAUCCCACACUACCCCUCCGAUGUGAAGGUCUUCAUAAUUCAGUCAACCACCAAAAUAAGCAGAAGGGGAGAGAGUAAGCGUCAUUGUCUGACACCAGUUCUCACUAUGAAUGCGUCUGUCAGCUGUCCUUCAUGCACGACGUUGCAGUGUAGUCAAUCGUAUAAAAUCCGGAUGAUGUUGACGAUGUUCUCAGCUACUCACUCCAUAGUGUCGAAGAAGUUUCUGUAACGUCCUUCUAUCCACACCGUCGAAUGCGUUUUCAUAGUCAGUGAAGUUGAUGUAUGGCGAUGUGUUCUAUUCAACUGAUCACUCAACGAUGGUCCGUAGUGUCGCAGUUUGGUCUUUUGAUCUGGAUACUGGGCGUCUAUUGAAUAUUUCAUCUGGUUAGGCAUCACUCUGUUAAAAAAAUUUGCUAGUAUCAAUAGUAAUGUGAUGCCUGUGUGGUUCUCACAUUUGCUGAAAUCUCUUUUCCCUGGUAUCUUGAUGAGAUGUGCUUCAUUUCAGUCCAUCGGCACUUGUUACUCAUCCCAAAUCUUUUUGAAUGGAAGGUAAAGCAUGUUUGUGGUUACUUCGAUGUCUGAUUUCAGUGCUCCGGCCGGUAUGCUGUCUGAUCCUGCUGCCUUCCCGCUCUUGAUUUGUCUGAUGGCCAUUCUGAUUUCUUCCGCCGUUGGUGGAUUGUCAACUAUAGGAAGAUCUGUGUGUGCUGCUUCGAUGUCCGGUGGAUUCAUUGGAGCCGGCCUAUUCAUGAGUCCCUCGAAGUGCUCUACCCAUCUGUCCCACUGUUGUUGAAUUUCAGUGAUUGGCCUGCCUUCUUUGUCCUUGACCGGUCUCUCUUGUUUACUAUAUUUCCGUGCUAGUUUCUUCGUUGUGUCAUAAAGCUGUUUCAUAUUUCCUUCUCUUGCAGCUCUUUCUGCCGUCGUUGCUAAUUCUUCCAUGUAUUUCUUCCUGUCGGCUCUAAUGCCCUCUUCACUUGCUUGUUUACUUCAGUGUAUUCAGCUUGUGCUUGGACUUUCUCUGCUCGUGUUCGGCUGUUGUUAAUUGCUGUCUUCUUGUUCUUCCUUUCUUUGAUCCUGUCCAGUGUUUCUAUAGAGAUCCAUUCCUUAAGAUGAUGCUCCUUGAGGCCCAGAACCUCUUGACACGUUGAAGUUAAUGCUUCUUUGAUAUCUUUGCAGUUGUCCUCCAUAGUAGGUUCUCCUUCUUUCAGUAGAUCCUGUAAGGCUUGGAACCUGUUGUUGAGAGCUAUCUUGAAUUCAUUGAGUUUGUUAGUAUCUCGAAGGAAGGCUGUAUUGAACCUCUGUAGUGCUGUUUGUCCAGUUCUUCUUAAGUUCCAUUUUCAAAUUGGCCACAACUAGGUGGUGAUCUGAAGCUAUGUCAGCUCCUCUCCUGGUCCUCACAUAUUCCAUUGUCCUUCGGAUUUUUUUAUUGAUGCAAAUAUGAUCUAUCUGGUUCUCUGUGGUGUGAUCUGGUGAUACAGAUGUAGUUUUUUGUAUGCGUUUGUGUGGGAAUAGUGUGCAGCCUAUAACCAAUUUAUUGAGUGCACAUAGGUUUGCAAAUAACAAAACAAAGAACACAUUAAGAGUGUAAAAAAGCUGUGCGAUUUGUAGCUAGUAAGUAGUUGAUAUCAGCACGUUCUAUAGUUUAAUGAUAUACAAACGAUAGUUUUCUUCUCUAAGUGAAAUAAUAAAAUCCACAAAGCGAAACUAUGAAUUAUCAAAUACAGUUUAAAACAAGGCGUAUUAAACAAUAAUAAAGUUACAAGAUAAUGUAGUAAAAGUUAGAAGAAAUCUACACUAAAUACCACAACAUUACGAAAUAUUAAUUACCAUUUACAUUCUUUUAGAUUAUAAACUUUUUAUCAGAAAUAUAUUCAGUUACAAAAGUCUGUAGAACUAUGAUUCUGAUUUCAUUCAAGAAGAUUGAAUUUCAAUAAUCUAGUUGCCAUUAUAUAAAACUCUUAUUGAUUGAUCUAUCCAUUUACUCAGCUAUCAAAGAAAUAAAUAUUUACAAACAAUCUAAAUGUUACAUGGUUUUCUGCAUUUGUAAUGAACCAACAGAACUAAAUCCAAAAAUUGAUUAACCUUAGGUUAUUUGUUGUCAAUAAUUACCAUACUAACAAUAGAGAAUAUUGUCUUUUCAAGUUUCUUUAUGUUAUCUAAAUCUUUUGAUAAUUUAACUAAUGAUCCUAUUUUUUGUAAUUUACUCUAUGUUGAUUGGAUUAAGUAUAGAUAUUCAGAAGUUAAUAGAACUUAUACAAUAAAUAUGCUUCAUUCAAACUAAGAACAAUUGCCAAAUAUCAAGUUUAUACUUUAUUGAACUUUUAUUUAUUUUUAAAACAACAGGGUAAAUAUUUUUAUGACAAAAAAAAAGAAGAAUACACUAAACGCAAAACAAUAAACAGUGAUUGUCUAUUAUGGGUAAUUAGUUUUUAUCGAGGUCAUAGGUAAUUUGAACAGGUAAUUCUACACAUUCUGAUAAAUGUUAAUUAGGUUACCAACUUAAUGAAGAAACGUUCUUUUGUUUUUAGUAUGGAUAAUAUGUACUUAUAUGAGAAUUGC